AACUUUUGCCUGUACCACAAGGGCCUGUCCAAAGACUUGAACAACUGUGUACGUGUCCUCGCGAGAUUCCGUAGUGAUCGUUUGAAUCCCAUCCACAAGGAACCGGUCGGUCGGUGUUUCCAAUGGGAAGGGCAGAAGUCUGGAACGGAGAAGUAACCCGUUACAACGAAGAACACAAAUGCCAUUUUGUGAUCAAUCCAUUUUUAUACCGAAGUGACAUCGGUGAAUCGUUGUAGUUCCAUUUCCCCCCCUUUACGGGACAAACCGUGAGGUGGAUCUUUGUUUUUGAAACGGUAGUGUGUGGUGUCCAGAACAGAUCCAGCCCUGUGGGCCAUACGAGACCAGACCUGGAGAGCAGGCCCAGGCCGCCACCAGAGACCACCACCAUGUCUUACCAGCCUGCGCCUGCUCCUUAACACCCUGUCCCCCCAGCCCCUCUCACCAUCCCCCUCCCUCCCUGUGGAUGCCCCCCUGCCUGGUGGAGGAGGAGCCUCCUCUGGUGGGGAGAUGAGCCUGCAGCAGCUGAGGGGGGAUCGGGGGGGUUCUGGGUCUGAGAGGGACCUCCACUCAGCAGCCUCCUCCAUCAGCCUGCCCUCCGUCAGGAAGGCCCCAAAGAAGAGACGCCUCUCCCUGCGCUCGCUGUUCAGCCGGCGCCACCGUGGGGAUCGAGACCCCAAGAGGAAAUCACAGGACUUACAGGGUGGCGGUGUGGACGGGAUCGCCAGUGUGGAGAGCAUCCAUUCAGAGAUAUGUCAUGGAGACAAGACCUCAACGCUCUCCGCCCCUGUUGUGGCCUCUUCCUCCUCUGAGUUCCUGGAGUGUCCUCUCUGUCUCCUCCGCCACGGCAGAGACCGUUUCCCUGACAUCAUGACCUGCCACCACCGCUCCUGUGCGGAUUGCCUGCGCCAGUACUUACGAAUAGAGAUCAGUGAGUCGCGCGUCAACAUCAGCUGUCCAGAGUGCUCUGAGCGGUUCAACCCCCACGACAUCCGCAUCAUCCUGGGAGACCAGCCCCUCAUGGAGAAGUACGAGGAGUUCAUGUUGAGACGAUGGCUGGUGGCCGACCCUGACUGCCGCUGGUGCCCCGCCCCCGACUGCGGGUAUGCAGUCAUUGCCUUUGGCUGUGCCAGCUGUCCUAAGAUCACGUGUGGACGUGAGGGGUGUGGCACAGAGUUCUGUUACCACUGUAAACAGCUGUGGCACCCCAACCAGACGUGUGAUGCUGCCCGACAGCAGAGAGCCCAGAGCCUGAGGCUACGCACCUUCCGUUCCUCAUCUCUCAAUUACAGCCAGGAGAGUGGUGCUGCAGCUGAUGACAUCAAGCCGUGUCCACGCUGCGCUGCUUACAUCAUCAAGAUGAACGACGGCAGCUGUAACCACAUGACCUGUGCCGUGUGCGGCUGUGAGUUCUGCUGGCUCUGCAUGAAGGAGAUCUCUGACCUGCACUACCUGAGCCCGUCAGGAUGUACCUUUUGGGGUAAGAAGCCAUGGAGCAGGAAGAAGAAGAUUCUGUGGCAGCUGGGCACGCUGGUGGGCGCACCGGUGGGCAUCGCUCUGAUCGCUGGCAUCGCCAUCCCCGCCAUGAUCAUAGGCAUCCCUGUCUACGUGGGGAGGAAGAUUCACAAUCGCUAUGAAGGGAAGGACAUCUCCAAACAUAAGAGGAACUUGGUGAUAGCGGGUGGCGUGACCUUAUCUGUCAUUGUCUCCCCCGUGGUGGCAGCAGUUACUGUUGGUAUCGGCGUGCCCAUCAUGCUGGCAUACGUCUACGGGGUGGUGCCCAUCUCUCUGUGUCGCAGCGGUGGGUGUGGCGUCUCCACCGGUAACGGGAAAGGGGUCCGCAUCGAUUUUGAUGACGAGAAUGAGAUGAACGUCGGAAGUGCAGCGGCUGCAACUGACGCCACAUCGGUGGCAGAGACUAGACACAACCCCAGCAUCGGAGAGGGCAGUGUGGGGGGCAUGACAGGCAGUCUGAGUGCCAGCGGGAGCCACAUGGACCGGAUGGGCGCCAUGAGGGACAACCUGAGUGAGAAUGCCUCCACCAUGGCUCUGGCUGGGGCCAGCAUCACCGGAUCUCUGUCUGGCAGCGCCAUGGUCAACUGUUAUAACAGGUUGGAGGUCCAGGCUGACGUUCAGAAGGAGCAGGGUAGUCUGAGUGGGGAGUCGGCCAAUGUCAGUUUGGGGACCAUCAGUGACAACACUAGCACCAAAGCAAUGGCUGGAUCCAUUCUCAACUACAUGCCUCUGGACAGAGAGGGUAAUCUGGAGGUGGACAUGGAGGGGAAGCAUGAGAAGAAACUACAUCACCAUAGCAACAGCAGCAGCCUGGACGACGCCAGCGGCGAGGGAAGAGGGGUUGGAGUGUGUCCCUCCGGCUGCCCCCAUGAGUCUCGCUCCUCCAAAUGGGUGAAGGACCCCUCUUCCUCGGGGGGCAAGAAGAGCAAGGGCAAGCUGAGGACUAAGAAGACCAGCGGAGGAACUAAGAUCCAGGAGACCCGUGAGGACAUGGAUGCUCAGCUCCUAGAGCAGCGCAGCACUAACUCCUCAGAGUUCGACUCCCUCAGCGGCUCCCUGCCCUCCGUAGCAGACUCCCACUGCAGCCACUUAUCAGAGUUCAGCUGCUCUGAUCCGGAGACCUCCAGACCUCCUCCUCUCACCCCCUGCUGCAUUGACCUCCACCCCCAGUGCCCCCUCACCUCCCUGGGAACAGACCUGGUCACCGUCACCCCCCUGCCGGAGGUGGAGAACGACCAUCUGGAGAACUGUCCCGCUGCAUCCUCCUCCUCCUCACCUUCCUCCGCGGCCCCCGUCUACACAGAAGGAGGGGUAGGAGGAGGUAUGCUCCUCUACAUCGCCGAGGAGAGCUUAGGGCUGAUGAGGACGACGCAGGAGGAGCUGGACUCCCUCGCGGUGGAGGAGGUCCUGAAGGAGACCAAUAACAACAUGUUGGACGGAGGUGUCGUAUCCCAGCAGCCUUCCAGCCCUGUGAGGAGUGGCUGCAUUCAGACUGAGAUAUAAACUCUCCUGGCUGACUGGCUGGUUGACUGACUGACUGGCUGGCUGUUUACUGAGUGGGCAAGCUCGUUUUACGGAAGAGUAGAGAGAAAGACAGGACAGCAGAGGAGGAAAGGUGUUUUAUCCAUGUCUGCUAAUAUGGAAGAUAAAAUCAUGUGAUGGUUGAGGGUAGACUGGGUGGUGAUACAUGUGGAGGGAUAAGGUAGACUGGGUGGUGAUACAUGUGGAGGAAUAAGGUAGACUGGGUGGUGAUACAGGUGGAGGAAUAAUGUAGACUGGGUGGUGAUACAGGUGGAGGAAUAAGGUAGACUGGGUGGUGAUACAUGUGGAGGAAUAAGGUAGACUGGGUGGUGAUACAGGUGGAGGAAUAAGGUAGACUGGGUGGUGAUGCAGGUGGAGGAAUAAGGUAGACUGGGUGGUGAUACAGGUGGAGGAAUAAGGUAGACUGGGUGGUGAUACAGGUGGAGGAAUAAGGUAGACUGGGUAGUGAUACAGGUGGAGGAAUAAGGUAGACUGGGACAAGGUAGACUGGGUAGUGAUACAGGUGGAGGAAUAAGGUAGACUGGGUGGUGAUACAGGUGGAGGAAUAAGGUAGACUGGGUGGUGAUACAGGUGGAGGAAUAAGGUAGACUGGAACAAGGUAGACUGGGUGGUGAUACAGGUGGAGGGAUAAGGUAGUCUGGGUGGUGAUACAGGUGGAGGAAUAAGGUAGACUGGGUGGUGAUACAGGUGGAGGAAUAAGGUAGACUGGGUAGUGAUACAGGUGGAGGAAUAAGGUAUAGGGAGGGAGAAAGCUCUCCUACUGGUUUAAGGGUUUUAUUCAUAUAGAAGAGACGUUGGCAGUCUGGAUGGGAAGUCUUGAUUAAAUCUCAUGUCCGGAGUGUUUUUGGUCGGUGGUAACAUUUAGAUGGACCAAGGCCCAUGGAAAGUUCCAGUUAAAUGUACGAGGACAGAGGACGAGGUGUAUGGCCGGUGUAUCAGUGGGGUGAUGAUGUAGCAGUGUUCGAUACUAGCCUUCACAUGGGGGACAGAUUCUCCAGAAGGCCACACGACUGUCCAUCCAGGAAGCUCCUAUGGAUCCGACUCAAAACGAACCCCAUCUCAGGUGGCAUCAUAUUCACCAUGUAUUGCGUUACUAGAUGAGUACGGUUCCAUUUGAGACACAGACUUCUAUGUCUGUGGUGAACAGUCAGCCAGUCAGCCAGCCAGCCAGCCAGCCAGCCAGUCAGUCAGUCAGUCAGUCAGCCAGUCAGUCAGUCAGCCGCAUCACACCGCAGCGUAAAGGAUUGUCAAGCUUCAGUUAUAAUAUGAACCGGUCAAAGAAAAGAUCAAACUGACCUCAGAGGGACCAGUCAAUAAGUCAUUUUUAUUUUUUCCAUGAUUCUAUAAAAAAAAAAUGAAUAUUACUUUUAAGAUGUUGAUGAAUAUUGUUCUGUAGUUUUAGUAUUUUCCAUGUUGAGCCCUGUGGGGUCAGAUCCUGUGUUAGGGGAGGCCAGGGGGGGUUGGGGUGAGCAGAGGGAAGGAAGAGUCAACUAAUUUAACCCUUUGUCUUCUUAAACAACACAGAUUUUAACUGUCAGGAUUGGAUUUAGAAUAUAAGUAAAUAUUCCAGAAAGAAUCAGGCCUCAGAGUUGAGCUGGCCCAUCAUCAGUAGGAGGACAACCGCGGUUGUUUGGUAUAAAGGGAGCGAUAAGAGGUUGACUCUCUUUUCAUUCUGUUAUAGAUCUACAUCACUUCUAAUUAAAAGGCUAUGGUGAUUUAAGCCUGAGUUCAUGAUCUGUGCUGUCUUCAACUCGUAGGCCAUUAUCACCAGUUGGAGGGGACAAGCCAGGCUAACGGUGAUGCAUUCAGGUCGUUUCAAACACCUCUCCAUUGGAACCAUGCAAAUGAGGAUUUUUCUACCUAUGUUGCCUUUUUGAAAAAGCUGCUUCUGUCUGUUUGCACCUCAUCCUGUCUCUUCAAUAGAUACAGGACUGUGUCCCAUUCCCUGUGUAGUGCACUACUAUGGGCCCUGGUCACUAUAUAGAGAAUAGGGUGCCAUCUGGGACGCAACCAAAGAAAUGUAGAGAAAAGCAGAAUGUCUAAGUGUUGUUAUCGCUACAGAUUCUAUCUAACCAUCCCGUCAUUGUGUUUAGCAAGUCAAGAGAUGCUAACCAUCCCGUUAUUGUGUUUAGCAAGUCAAGAGAUGCUAACCAUCCCGUCAUUGUGUUUAGCAAGUCAAGAUGCUAACCAUCCCGUCAUUGUGUUUAGCAAGUCAAGAUGCUAAUCAUCCCGUCAUUGUGUUUAACAAGUCGAGAGAUGCUAACCAUCCCAUCAUCAUUGUGUUUAGCAAGUCAAGAUGCUAACCAUCCCGUCAUCAUUGUGUUUAGCAAGUCAAGAGAUGCUAACCAUCCCGUUAUUGUGUUUAGCAAGUCAAGAGAUGCUAACCAUCCCGUCAUUGUGUUUAGCAAGUCAAGAGAUGCUAACCAUCCCGUCAUUGUGUUUAGCAAGUCAAGAUGCUAACCAUCCCGUCAUUGUGUUUAGCAAGUCAAGAUGCUAAUCAUCCCGACAUUGUGUUUAACAAGUCGAGAGAUGCUAACCAUCCCAUCAUCAUUGUGUUUAGCAAGUCAAGAUGCUAACCAUCCCGUCAUCAUUGUGUUUAGCAAGUCAAGAGAUGCUAACCAUCCCGUCAUCAAUGUGUUUAGCAAGUCAAGAUGCUAACCAUCCCAUCAUCAUUGUGUUUAACAAGUCCAGAGAUGCUAAUGGACACACCAAUCUGGUAACCACCUAGCCUACCAAAGACAGAACAGGCUACUGUGGUUGAACCCUCACUCCUGAGGACCCCUGAUGAGGGGUGUAGUGUUGCUCUGCAGAGCAGCCCGAGUCGGUGUCCAAUGGAGCCCUAUUCCCUAUAUAGUGUAGCAUUUAAGACCAACCUUCUGCCAAGCGGUCCAUGAUCUGAUUUAAUGAGUAACAUUCACCUAUAGCUUAGUGUUUAUUUGAAGGAUUUGGGGGGGAAACGCUUCAGCUGUACAGUUCCCUUCCACUUCUUCAC